AUGGAAAUAGCGAACUUCCCCUCUCUCACUGGCGAGGAGUUCCUCGAGGCGUGCCACCAUCUCGACGGAGCUUACUGCAGAGCCCAGCUGGGACCUCUCCGAAAACGCUGGAAACUGAGAUUGCGAAUGGCGGCCCAGGCAGACUUUCUCUUUCAGGACGUCCCAAAUUCAUACAUUGAAAUUACGCGGCCGCUCGACCCAGAAGAUCUCGACAUCGACCUCGAGAUUCUGAGGAAACCAGUAAUCCGGAAAGAUGGAGCUAUCGUCUGCUAUGAGAUUCACCUGCACCCCACGUAUCGGAUGCCAUGCCUGUGGUUCCAAAUACAAGGGUUGGACACAGGAGAGUCCCAGUAUGAUCUUGACACAGUGUUUCGUUAUUUGGUCCCUGAACAGUACAAAGAAGGUCUCCGCCGGUAUGGAGGUAUUGGGGGCAUAUCCCUUGAUAAUCAUCCAGUUAAGGGCGAUCCGUGGUUCUUUGUCCACCCUUGUUUAACUGGGGACAACAUGUCGGCUUUUAAGUGCCAAAUAAGUGAAUAUCUCAUAAUCUGGCUUGGUCUCGUGGGAGGCUGCGUGGGCCUUUGGGUGCCCAGACAAAUGGCAACCAUUAAGUAG